AUGGUUCUGCACAGCCCAAUGGAAGACAUUGAGGGAAUUGAUUGGAAGAUACAAGGGCCAUCAGCCCAAUUGUUGAUUCUUAUCGGUCCCUUGUUGUGUUGGGACACCAAAUUCGGCCUGGACACUGCCCUGAAGGACUACGCUGAGAAGGGGCAAAGGGCACUCCUCGAGGACAGCAAGGGGGUCUCCUUUGAUCAAGUCAAUAAUCUGCUGAUCGAACCUGCUCGAAUUGAGGAGGAAGAGCUAACACUAACAAUCCACCGUCAGAUCGGGGGCUUGGGCAUCAGCAUCGCGGGGGGCAAGGGCUCCACUCCAUACAAGGGGGAGGACGAGGGUAUCUUCAUAUCUCGAGUGUCUGAGGAGGGUCCAGCAGCUCGGGCGGGUGUGAGGGUCGGGGAUAAACUCCUGGAGGUGAACGGGGUGGGGCUCCGGGACGCAGAGCAUCACAAGGCGGUGGAGGCUUUGAGGAGCUCGGGCACCACGGUGACCAUGGCGAUUCUGCGGGAGAGAAUGGUGGAGUCGGAGAAUCCCAUCACCACCACCCCGCUCCGGCCCCAGGAUGAUUAUGCCCCCAGGGAUCGUCGGACUGGCCUGCGCUUCCUGACAGAGCCAGGCCUGGGCACGGACAGCCCCCCAACCCGGGAGCAGCUCUCCACAUCACUUGCUCGCAGUGAGAAGGGCCUUGGCUUCAGCAUUGCUGGAGGGAAAGGCUCCACGGCCUACAGGACAGGAGACGUGGGAAUUUUCAUCUCCCGGCUGGCGGAGGGUGGAGCUGCUCACACAGACGGGAUCCUGAGAGUCGGCGACCAAGUCAUGUCGAUCAAUGGGGUAGACAUGCGAGAGGCCAGACAUGACCAGGCAGUAGCUCUUCUUACUGGCUCGGCUCCCACCAUCACCAUGCUGAUACAGCGAGAGCUCGCAGAGCCACUCAGGGCUAGCGAGGGCCAGGGCGAGGGCCAGCCUGAGGCCUCUCCCACUCUCCACCGAGCCAGACCACACUCACCACCGCCCCCCAGCCUGCAGGACGAGGAGGAGGUGGGACCGGACACGAGGAUCGAGGAACCCCCCACGCAGCCCAACCACUUCAGCCUGGCCACAGAGGACGAGUACCCAGUGGAGGAAGUGGUGUUGCUGAAGACGGGAGGACCCCUGGGGCUGAGCAUUGUGGGAGGCAGCGACCACGCCAGCCAUCCCUUUGGCAUCCAUGAGCCUGGCGUUUUCAUCUCCAAGGUUAUUGCUGAGGGAUUGGCAGCCCGGGCGGGGCUGGGAGUUGGGGACCGGAUCCUGGAGGUGAACGGCAUUGACCUGCGACAUGCCACCCAUCAGGAGGCGGUGCUCGCUCUGCUCUCCAACACCCAACAAAUCCACCUUCUCGUCCGCCACGACCCCCCGCCUCCUGGCAUGCAGGAAAUCCAGAUCGAGAAGCUUCCAGCAGAGAAGCUGGGAAUCAGCAUCCGGGGAGGAGCCAAGGGCCACGCAGGGAAUCCGUUAGACCCCAGCGAUGAGGGCAUUUUUGUGUCAAAGGUGAGUGCCAGUGGCGGAGCAGCGAGGGAUGGCAGGCUUUGUGUGGGAAUGCGGAUCCUGGAGGUGAAUAACCACAGUCUCCUGGGAAUGACACACACGGAGGCCGUGCGCAUCCUGCGAGGAGUGGGUGACACCCUGCACAUCCUCGUCUGCCAGGGCUUCGACCCCAAGCUCGCUGCCACUUUGGAGGCGUCUCCCGGGAUCAUCGCUAACCCCUUUGCCGCUGGGAUGGGCAGGAAAAACAGCAUGGAAAGCAUCUCGUCCAUCGACCGAGACAUGAGCCCAGAGGAGAUGGACAUCCUGCAGAAGGAGCUGGAGAUGGUUCGGGAAUCAGCGCAGUGGGAACGUGAGGAGCUGGAGAAAGUGGAGCGAAUGCGAAGAGAGCGAGAAGAGAGCAACCGCCUUUUGGAGGAGGAAACAGAGGGUGAGUGCACAGAGCCGCUGCAGCUAGAUUACAAGACAUUGGCUGCCAUUCCUGGGGGCGGCUCACAGCGAGUAUCUCGGGACAGUGAAGAUGAUUCCCCGACUCUCCACACGAGUGUCCUACAGGACGGCUCCUCCUCGCCUUCUACAGCUGCCAUUCACUAUAUAACGCCUCAGAGAGACACUGUCACUAUUCAGCCGCCAUCCAGGUUCAGACAGAACGCAGCCACAACAGAACUCGGUGACAUUCUCAGCCCAUUGCACAGCUCCAGCACCUCGCCAGCACCCAGCCCGACACCAUCCCCUGAGCAGCGUUCCUUCCGUGAGCGACAGAAAUACUUUGAGAUUGACGUGAAGCAGCAGGUAACAGAGAAACCCAAGCGAGUGUCACUCGUGGCAGCCGAUGACCUGAGGAAGAUGAAGGAGGAGGAAGAACGUAAGAUGCCACGGCCCCGGGAACUGCUGGAGGAGGAAGAGGAGGAGGAGGAGGAAGGCACAGUGCUGAGCCUGGGGGGACCUGGGCGGCAGCACCAGCUCGGGGUGACCGGUUUACAAACCCGCAGAGAGACUCCGAGUCCGGUCCGAGACGGUACAAUGUCUGAGGAUCGGCGAUCAAAUUCCACGAGCGGGUUGUCGCCUGUGACUCCUGAUUCCGGGGCCCCGAUCCGGACAGCCAAGGCGGAGCGCCGGUUCCAGGAACGCCUCGGCGUGCAGAGCCCAGAUACGGCCCGUGCCAACGACAGAGAACUGUCCCCCGCCGAGCGCCGGGCCGUGGAGGCAGAGAAACGCGCCAUGUGGCGGGCGGCCAGACACAAAGCUCUCGAGGAUGAGUUAAAACAUUACGAACAGGAGCGAGCGCGUCGCCAGUCCCAGGCCCGGCAGUCAGCGAGCAGCACCCACCGCCCCCGGCUAACCAGCACCGUCAGGAUGAAGUCCCUGGAGCAGGACGCCCUGAAAGCUCAGAUGGUCAUCGCCAAGUCAAAGGAGGGGAGGAAGCGCAGUGCUCUGGAUCAGCUGGUCGAGUCCCCCUCCCCCGCUGCCAGUCCCUCCCCCGCUGCCACCCCCUCCCCAACACCACCAGAUGAUCAGAGUUGUCGGGGAGUGACGUCUCCAGGGAGGUUGUCCUGGUCAGAGAAGAAAUUUGAUUAUCGACAAUUUGCCGCAAUUCCUUCUUCUAAGCCGGUUUACGACAUCCAGUCCCCAGAUCUAAUGGAUGAGCUGAAGUAUAUGGACGACGGCCCCUCAGGCUCGGUGCCCCAGCGGGGGGAAGAUGGCUGUCUGGCUGGCUCUCUCCCAGUGACAAUAGAGCAGUAUAAGCUGAGACCUGCUGCGGUGCCCACGUGAGGCAAGAAGGACCCACCUGGCACAGGGUGCUGGCUGGCUGUCAGCGGCAGGACUUUGUGUGUGUGAUGUUAGCAAACUGGGUUUAAUUUUACAGGAGACUAACGUGUAGGUGUUAGCCGAGGGAGCGAGAGCCAGGGGGAGAG